GUUUGUGUUAAGCAUGCAUAUUGUUUAUGAAUGAAUGAGUUAUUAAACGUUUAAAGUCAAAAAAUAAUAAAUGUCUAUAAUACCUCCUCCUUUUCCGCAUAUGAUGCCAGGAGGUAGACCUCCUAUUCAACCAAUAAAUGUGAUACCUCAACAUGCUAUUCAGAUAACUCCUCCACCAGCCCCUAAACCUCGGGCUCAACAGAUACCUGAAUAUUUAAAAGACGAAUACCUACAAGAUAAAGCAAAGAAAUGGCAACAAUUGCAGACUAAAAAAUAUGCUGAAAAGAGAAAAUUUGGUUUUGUCGAUAACCAAAAGGAAGAUAUGCCACCAGAACAUAUAAGAAAAAUUGUCAGGGAUCAUGGGGAUAUGACAAAUCGCAAAUAUAGACAUGAUAAAAGAGUAUAUUUGGGUGCACUUAAAUACAUUCCACACGCCAUUAUAAAAUUAAUGGAAAACAUGCCAAUGCCUUGGGAGCAAAUUAGAGAUGUUCAAGUACUCUAUCACAUUACUGGUGCCAUAACAUUUGUCAAUGAAAUCCCAUGGGUUAUAGAACCCCACUUCAUAGCACAAUGGGGCUCCAUGUGGAUCAUGAUGAGACGCGAAAAGCGGGAUCGGCGCCAUUUUAAACGUAUGCGUUUCCCCCCUUUUGACGAUGAAGAACCCCCAUUGGACUAUGCGGAUAAUGUUCUCGACGUGGAACCGUUGGAACCUGUUCAGAUGGAUCUGGAUCCAGAAGAAGACAGGGCCGUUCUACCUUGGUUUUAUGGACAUAGGGCACUCGUCGGAACAAAGUACAUAAAUGGUUCGACUUACAGGAAAUGGCAACUUAGCCUGCCUAUCAUGUCCACCUUGUACAGACUCGCGAAUCAGCUGUUGACCGACUUGGUAGAUGAUAACUAUUUUUACCUCUUCGACCUGAAGUCCUUCUUCACCGCAAAAGCUCUUAACUUAGCUAUUCCUGGUGGGCCCAAGUUCGAACCCCUAAUCAAGGAUUCCCAGAUCCAGGAUGAGGACUGGAACGAGUUCAACGAUAUCAACAAGAUAAUUAUCCGACAACCAAUCAGGACAGAGUAUCGAAUAGCUUUUCCAUACCUUUACAAUAACAUGCCCCUCUACGUUCAUUUAUCUAAGUACCACAUGCCCAAUGUAGUCUACAUCAAGACCGAGGACCCAGACUUACCUGCCUUUUACUUCGACCCGCUGAUCAACCCCAUUUCCCACAGGCACACCUUCCGACAACAAGAAAACUCACAACUGCCGACCCCCGAGGAGGAAGAAGCCUUCACGCUUCCACCCUUCUUCGAGCCCGUUCUCAAAUCUCUUCCCCUCUAUACGGACCACACGGCUAAUGGUAUAGCCUUACUUUGGGCUCCACGACCUUUCAACUCGCGUUCGGAUAGAUGCCGGAGAGCCAUGGAUAUACCUCUAGUCAAGAUUUGGUACAGAGAACACUGCCCGGCUGGUCAACCUGUCAAGGUCAGGGUCAGUUAUCAGAAAUUGCUAAAAUAUUUUGUUCUAAACGCUUUGAAACACAAACCGCCAAAAUCACAAAAGAAGAGAUAUCUGUUCCGUUCUUUCAAGGCCACCAAAUUUUUCCAAAGCACGAAAUUGGAUUGGGUCGAGGUAGGUCUUCAGGUUUGCAGACAGGGCUAUAACAUGCUCAACUUGUUGAUCCACAGGAAAAGCUUGAAUUAUUUGCACUUGGAUUACAAUUUCAAUCUCAAACCAGUCAAGACGCUGACCACCAAGGAAAGAAAAAAAUCGCGUUUUGGAAACGCUUUCCAUUUGUGUCGAGAAAUUUUAAGGCUCACCAAAUUAGUAGUAGACGCUCACGUCCAAUAUAGGCUCAAUAAUGUGGACGCUUUCCAGCUUGCUGAUGGUUUGCAGUACAUAUUUUCCCACGUCGGUCAGCUGACCGGCAUGUACAGGUACAAGUACAAACUCAUGAAGCAAAUACGCAUGUGCAAAGAUCUCAAGCAUUUGAUAUACUACCGAUUCAAUACGGGUCCGGUAGGAAAAGGUCCGGGAUGCGGUUUCUGGGCAGCAGGGUGGCGGGUGUGGCUCUUUUUCCUGCGAGGGGUAACGCCCUUGUUGGAAAGGUGGUUGGGCAACCUUCUUUCUCGUCAAUUCGAAGGGAGACACUCUAAGGGCAUCACCAAGACAGUCACCAAGCAAAGGGUCGAAAGCCAUUUUGACCUGGAACUCAGGGCUUCCGUCAUGCACGAUAUCCUAGACAUGAUGCCAGAAGGUAUCAAGCAAAAUAAAGCCAGGACCAUUCUACAGCACUUGAGCGAGGCUUGGAGAUGCUGGAAGGCCAACAUUCCCUGGAAGGUUCCAGGCUUACCACUUCCGGUCGAAAAUAUGAUUCUUCGGUACGUGAAAUCGAAGGCCGAUUGGUGGACCAGCACCGCCCAUUACAACAGGGAACGUAUAAGAAGAGGAGCCACUGUUGACAAAACCGUGUGCAAAAAGAAUCUGGGUCGUUUAACCCGCUUGUAUCUGAAAGCGGAACAAGAGCGUCAACAUAAUUACUUAAAGGAUGGUCCUUACGUGAGUGCGGAGGAAGCUGUGGCGAUAUACACAGCGGCCGUUCAUUGGCUGGAGAGCAGACGAUUUAGUCCAAUUCCAUUUCCUCCGCUGAGUUACAAACACGACACGAAGCUGCUAAUUCUCGCGUUGGAGAGACUUAAGGAGGCAUAUAGCGUGAAGAGUCGUUUAAAUCAAUCCCAGAGGGAAGAGCUUGGAUUGAUUGAGCAGGCUUACGAUAACCCCCACGAAGCCUUGUCCCGUAUUAAACGGCAUCUUCUUACCCAGAGAGCCUUUAAAGAGGUGGGAAUAGAGUUCAUGGACCUCUACAGCCAUCUGGUACCUAUCUACGACGUGGAACCACUCGAAAAGAUAACUGACGCGUAUCUCGAUCAGUACCUGUGGUACGAAGCGGACAAGAGGCGGCUCUUUCCACCUUGGAUUAAGCCUUCCGACUCCGAACCGCCCCCUCUUCUUGUCUACAAAUGGUGCCAAGGCAUCAACAAUUUACAGAACGUGUGGGAAACCUCUGAAGGAGAAUGCGAUGUCAUGCUGGAGUCAAAGUUCGACAAGAUGUACGAAAAAAUUGACCUGACGUUGCUUAACAGGCUCCUCCGCCUCAUAGUCGAUCACAACAUUGCCGAUUAUAUGACGGCCAAAAACAACAUCGUCAUAAAUUAUAAAGACAUGAACCACACCAAUUCCUACGGUAUCAUAAGGGGUCUUCAAUUUUCUUCCUUCAUGACCCAAUAUUACGGACUCGUUAUGGAUUUGCUGAUCCUUGGACUCCACAGGGCCAGCGAAAUGGCGGGCCCACCACAAAUGCCCAACGACUUUUUGACCUUUCAAGAUGUGGUAACGGAAACAUCUCACCCUAUUAGGCUUUACUCCAGAUACAUUGAUAAGAUUCACGUCUUCUUCCGGUUCACCGCCGAAGAGGCGCGCGAUUUGAUUCAAAGAUAUUUGACGGAACAUCCUGACCCUAAUAACGAGAACAUAGUCGGUUACAACAAUAAGAAGUGCUGGCCAAGAGACGCCAGGAUGAGGCUCAUGAAGCACGACGUUAAUCUAGGCCGAGCCGUCUUUUGGGACAUCAAGAACCGCCUUCCCCGUUCAGUCAGCACCGUGAUAUGGGAAGAAAGCUUCGCCUCGGUCUAUUCGAAAGACAAUCCGAAUUUGCUAUUUGAUAUGAGCGGGUUCGAAUGCCGGUUAUUACCCAAGUUGAGGGCCCUCGUCGGGGACGAGUGCACCCACAGGGACGGAGUCUGGAACUUGCAAAAUGAGGUGACUAAGGAACGCACAGCUCAAUGCUUUCUCCGUGUGGACGACGAGAGUAUGCAACGCUUCCACAACAGAGUCAGGCAAAUUCUCAUGGCAUCUGGAUCAACUACGUUUACUAAAAUAGUAAACAAAUGGAACACGGCUUUGAUUGGCCUCAUGACUUACUACCGUGAAUCUGCGGUCAACACUCAAGAGCUCCUGGAUUUGCUGGUCAAGUGCGAAAACAAGAUUCAAACCAGGAUCAAGAUAGGCUUGAACAGCAAAAUGCCCAGUCGUUUCCCCCCAGUUGUGUUUUACACGCCCAAAGAGUUAGGAGGAUUGGGGAUGUUGAGUAUGGGUCACGUGCUCAUACCCCAGUCUGAUCUCAGAUGGAUGCAGCAAACCGAUGCGGGCAUAACUCAUUUCCGGUCGGGUAUGAGUCAUGACGAGGAUCAGCUGAUUCCCAACCUUUACCGUUACGUGCAGCCUUGGGAAAGCGAAAUUGUGGACUCGCAGCGAGUAUGGGCGGAAUACGCCCUUAAAAGGCAGGAGGCCAAUGCCCAAAAUAGGCGUUUAACGUUAGAAGAUUUAGAGGACAGCUGGGAUCGUGGCAUACCAAGGAUCAACACAUUGUUCCAAAAAGAUAGGCAUACCUUAGCAUACGAUAAAGGAUGGAGGAUUAGAACUGAUUUUAAACAAUAUCAGGUUCUAAAACAAAAUCCUUUCUGGUGGACCCACCAAAGGCACGAUGGCAAAUUGUGGAAUCUCAACAAUUAUAGAACAGACAUGAUUCAGGCUCUGGGAGGUGUCGAAGGAAUACUAGAGCACACCCUCUUUAAAGGAACCUAUUUCCCGACCUGGGAGGGACUUUUUUGGGAAAAGGCAAGUGGCUUCGAAGAAUCCAUGAAAUAUAAGAAGCUGACCAAUGCACAGAGGUCCGGUCUCAACCAGAUACCCAAUCGACGUUUCACUUUAUGGUGGUCGCCUACUAUCAACAGGGCCAACGUGUAUGUCGGUUUUCAGGUGCAACUCGAUCUAACGGGGAUCUUUAUGCACGGAAAGAUUCCCACUUUGAAAAUUUCUCUCAUCCAAAUUUUCCGGGCACAUUUGUGGCAAAAAAUACACGAAUCCAUAGUUAUGGACUUGUGUCAAGUGUUCGACCAAGAAUUAGACGCCCUCGAGAUUGAAACGGUGCAGAAGGAAACCAUCCAUCCCAGAAAGUCUUACAAGAUGAACAGUUCUUGUGCCGAUAUUUUACUAUUUGCCGCUUAUAAAUGGAAUAUAUCUAGACCUUCACUCCUCGGGGAUUCCAAGGAUGUCACGGACGCGUCAAGCGGUGGUGGCCAAAAAUACUGGCUUGACGUUCAACUCAGGUGGGGUGACUACGACUCCCACGACGUGGAACGUUAUGCUCGCGCCAAAUUUUUAGACUACACUACCGAUAACAUGAGCAUCUACCCCUCACCGACAGGUUGCUUAGUAGCUGUGGAUCUGGCUUAUAACCUUUACAGCGCUUAUGGCAAUUGGUUUCCAGGGAUCAAACCACUCAUUCAACAAGCCAUGGCAAAGAUUAUGAAGGCUAAUCCUGCUCUUUACGUUUUGAGGGAACGCAUCAGGAAAGGUCUGCAACUCUAUUCCUCGGAGCCGACUGAGCCUUACCUCUCUUCACAAAAUUACGGGGAACUCUUCAGCAAUCAAAUCAUAUGGUUCGUUGACGAUACCAAUGUUUACAGGGUCACCAUACACAAGACGUUUGAGGGCAAUCUAACCACCAAACCCAUAAACGGCGCCAUUUUUGUAUUUAACCCGCGGACCGGUCAGCUGUUUCUCAAAAUUAUUCACACCUCGGUUUGGGCUGGUCAGAAGCGAUUGGGUCAGCUGGCUAAAUGGAAAACUGCGGAAGAAGUGGCUGCUCUAAUUCGCUCACUCCCAGUCGAGGAACAACCCAAACAGAUCAUAGUUACCCGCAAGGGCAUGUUAGAUCCGCUAGAAGUCCAUUUGCUCGAUUUCCCUAAUAUCGUUAUUAAGGGGAGCGAAUUGCAAUUACCGUUUCAGGCUUGUCUCAAAAUCGAAAAGUUUGGCGAUUUAAUUCUCAAAGCUGGGGAACCACAAAUGGUGCUGUUUAACCUUUACGACGAUUGGCUCAAGACCAUAUCUUCCUACACAGCUUUCUCUAGACUCAUUCUCAUCCUCAGAGCUCUUCACGUCAAUAACGAUAGAACUAAAGUUAUCCUCAAGCCUGAUAAAACUACCAUAACCGAAUCCCAUCACAUUUGGCCAACACUAACUGACGAGGAAUGGAUUAAGGUGGAAGUCUCCUUGAAAGAUUUAAUUCUCGCUGAUUACGGAAAGAAAAACAAUGUCAAUGUGGCAAGUCUGACUCAGUCAGAAGUACGCGAUGUCAUUCUUGGCAUGGAAAUUAGUGCCCCCUCUGCACAACGGCAGCAGAUUGCAGAAAUCGAAAAGCAAACCAGGGAGCAGAGUGGAACAGGCGUGGCCGAACCUGACAAGCAACAACACCUCACAUCAAUCACGACUCGAACUGUCAACAAACAUGGAGACGAAAUUGUUUCGGCCACUACGAGCCAAUAUGAAGCCUCGGCAUUUGCCAGCAAGACCGAAUGGCGGGUUCGCGCGAUUUCAGCCACACAUCUUAGACUUCGUGCUGCACAUAUAUAUGUUAGCGGCGUGACAGAAGGCGGAGCGUUGGGCGGGGAGGGAGAAAGUAGGAGAUCUGGGGCCAGUGGAUUCAACAAUUACACUUACGUUCUUCCAAAAAAUGCCCUCAAAAAGUUUGUUUGCAUCUCUGAUCUUAGAGCUCAGAUAUCUGGUUACAUGUAUGGGGUAAGUCCGCCAGAUAACCCACAGGUCAAGGAGAUUCGUUGCAUAGUUAUGGUUCCUCAAUGGGGCACUCACCAGACUGUCCACCUUCCUAACGCUUUGCCUGACCAUGAAUACCUAAAGGAAAUGGAACCUUUAGGCUGGAUCCAUACUCAACCUAACGAAUUACCCCAGCUAUCGCCUCAAGACAUAACUUUGCACAGCAAGAUUAUGGCUUCCAACCCAGAAUGGGAUGGGGAGAAAACUAUUAUCAUCACCUGCAGUUUCACUCCAGGGUCUUGUUCCCUGACAGCGUAUAAGCUUACCCCCUCGGGCUUCGAAUGGGGGAAAGGAAAUGCGUCCAACCUGCUUUCCACCGAUCUCAACAACCCUAAAGGCUACAGCCCCGCACACUAUGACAGGGUCCAAAUGCUCCUCUCUGAUAGAUUCUUGGGAUUCUUUAUGACACCAACCUACGGUUCCUGGAAUUACAAUUUUAUGGGUGUUAGACAUGACGUUAACAUGAAGUAUGAACUGGCUCUGGCUAAUCCUAAAGAGUUUUAUGAUGAGGUCCACAGGCCUUCCCAUUUCCUUAAUUUCUCUUCUAUAGAAGACACCGAGCAAGUCGUUGCAGAUAGGGAAGACGCCUACAUAUGACGGAUGUUCAUCCUCGCAAAGCAAUCAUACAUUAUUAACUUAUUUGUAGAUCAUUUUUUUAAAUAUUCAUUUUCCAUUUUAUAUGCGUUUUUUUUUCACUUUAAAAUAUCGUGUAAUAUAUAAUAUAUAUCGAUUUAUUAUAUUAGUUUUAAAACUAUAAAUGACUUCAACUUAAUGUAUUCUGGAAAAGGUUGUACAUCAUUUGGAAAAUAAAAUUGAUUUUUAA